AUGUCUCGGGUGUUCGCGCCACCGAAUCAAUCGUAUCGUGUUCACUCUCGAUUCCCAGCCGAUAGGAAGGGAAAGAGGGAAUUACCGGACUUUGUCCAAGAGUUGCAAACUCUCAUAGCUGCUAUGCAGCUGGACCCUCUUCCAGAGCAAGUCCGUGUCAUCAUUCUUAUGGAGGGCCUCCGUACGGGGAUCGAGAGGACGGAAGUCUUCCGCGUGCACCCCUCAACGUUUGAAGGGGCCGUAGACAUAGUGUUGAAUGCUGAGUUCAACUUUAAAGCCGCUCGCUAUGGCACUCAUGGGCAGGCCCAAAGAGCAUUUGACAGGGCUGAGCCCAUGGAUCUCAGCCAUGCUGAAGAUAAAGAGAAAGAUCUUCUGGCUGUUAAACAGCAACGUAACAUCCGUAGAUGUUACAUGUGCGGGAGUAUCAAGCACUUGCGCCCUCAGUGCCCACUGCGGAAGCCACGUCAAAGUCGGCCGAGCCGCAAUCCGCCUCCUAACCCGAAAGUUGGUACGGAGCGGGAAAACGGCAGCUCCCAGUAG